GUGUUUUGUGACAGACUGUGGAGGGUGGAGUUGUGCAGCACUUCGUGUCCGGGGGCCGGAGAGACCCCGCCGGGGCUGGUGUGGUGGAGAGGGGUCCGAAACAUGGGCCUGCUGGCGAGGGUGCGGAAGGAAUGGUUCAUCAUCGGCAUCGUGCUCGUCAUCGUGUCCGCCAAGCUGCAGCCCAGCGUCGGCGUCAGAGGAGGUCCGCUGAAGCCCGAGGUCACGGUCGCGUACGUCGCCGUGUCGCUCAUCUUCUUCAACAGCGGCCUGUCGCUGAAAACUGAGGAGUUGACCAGCGCGCUGCUUCACGUCCGCCUCCAUCUCUUUGUCCAGUCAUUCACGCUCGUCUUCUUCCCGCUGGCAGUCUGGCUGCUGCUCCGAGUGCUGGCGCUGACCGCCAUCGACCAAUGGCUGCUCAGAGGGUUACAGACGGUGAGCUGCAUGCCCCCUCCGGUGUCGUCGGCCGUGAUCCUCACCAAGGCGGUCGGAGGCAACGAGGCUGCUGCCAUCUUCAACUCAGCGUUUGGAAGCUUCCUGGGAAUCAUAGUGACUCCGGUGCUUCUGCUGCUGUUUCUCGGCUCUUCGUCCUCCGUUCCCUUCUCCUCCAUCUUCUCACAGCUCUUCAUGACAGUCGUGGUGCCGCUGGUCCUCGGUCAGGUGUGUCGAAGCUUCCUCCGGGAGUUCCUGGAGAGGAAGAAGCCGCCAUUUGGUGCCAUCAGCAGCGCCGUGCUGCUCAUGAUCAUCUACACCACCUUCUGCGACACGUUCAGUAACCCCGACGUGGAGCUGGACCCCACCAGCCUGCUGCUCGUCGUGCUCAUCAUUUUCUCAAUCCAGCUCAGCUUCAUGCUGCUCACUUUUCUCUUUUCUACCAGGCCGGGCUCAGGAUUCAGCCCUGCAGACACCGUCGCCAUCGUCUUCUGCUCCACACACAAAUCACUGACCCUGGGUGUCCCCAUGCUGAAGAUCGUGUUCGAGGGCUACGAGCACCUCUCCCUGAUCUCGGUGCCGCUGCUCAUCUACCACCCGGCCCAGAUCCUGCUCGGCUCCGUCCUGGUGCCGAGCAUCCGCAGCUGGAUGACGUCCCGGCAGAAGUCUAGUGUGUUGUUGAGAUAGGGCCGCAUUCCAACACUGCCGCCGCUGAGCGGUGAAGCUGUCGGCCAUCCAGCCCAUCUGACGAGGACGAAGCCGGUGUUCCGACAGUGUUCAUACUGUGAGAUGCGAAGCAGACAGACAGGAGUCAUACGUGCCUUAUUUCAACCAAUCAACAGAGACCUCGGCGUGCAGAAGGAGACCGGUUGCCUUGAUUUUCCUACGUUUCUAUGAAGAUGACAAACUCUUGAAUUUCUAUCUUUUUAUAUUCAAAAGAAACGAAAGUUACGUAAUUUAUUUUUGUAUGCAAUUACACAAGAGAGUGUUUGGUAUGGAAAAAGCAGUGACGGGUGAAGUUACCGGGACCAUUCUAUUUUCUUCGCUAUUUCCUACAUUUUUCUACUCUGUCGUACUCUGAGAUGUCACUGCCAGAAAAAUGUGACUGAUUGUUGAAGGAAAAGACUAAUGCCGGAUGAUCUGACGCUUAAUGCACAGUAUAAUAUUCAAAGCUGUUUUGAUUUGUUGACACAUUCCAAAAUGAGGUUUGUUUGUUGACAGGGAGCAGUCCUACGGCGAGGGGGACGGCGUUACAUUAAUGAAUGAUCGGUCCAAAUGACGAAGGUACUACUGUACACGCAAGUUGUGUUAGUGAGUCUAAUUUAACGGCCAAAAUAUCUUCCUCCUCACUGGAUCUAUGCAGAUUCUUAUGGUGCGUUCAGACCAAAGUUAUUUGUGUGAGUUUGGCCGCAGGAUCUUUUUGUGUUUCACUUGCGCGAUUGUUAGCCCCUCCUAUUUCGGACGCGACAAUUGUUCAAAUACUUCAACUGAAGAGACUGACGCCAUUUUGGGUCUUUUAAGUUAUUAGCAUCAUCAGCGUCAUUCCGUGACAUCUUGUUUUGCGAGAAAAGUUCGCUACGCAUUUGGUUUGAUUCCACAUAAUUAUUUUAUUUUUAAUUUUUAUUAUUAUUAUUCACAAACAUACUUAUUCUGUUUGUAUGUUUGCAUCAUGAUCAUUAUCUUAAUUAUUUCCCGUGAGCUGCGGAUUCUGAACAAGUACGCGGUUUUCCACUUGGGACUAUAAGGAGCCCUGAGUCUAUUGUUCAUGAUCCGCUAUCAAGCAGGAGUUACUGUAGAUGAUAAAGUGCUGGAACAAAUUGGCUAAAAAUUGUACAAUGUAUUUAUUAAAGAUCAGAGUCUGCAUACUUGUACAGCUGUAUGUCGACGAUACCCCAUUCUACGUCUAAGAGACAUAGUCUUGCCGACAUUCGCAUUAUUUUGUGAUGGUGGACUCUACGUUUAUCUGUAUGCAAGACGAUUCUCUAAUCAAGGUCUAAACCUGCUCUUUCUGAAGUCCAGACAUUUUCCUGAAAUUUAAAGAUGGGCUGGAUGUGGGAACGGAAUUUCCAAAAAAUGUCUGAGUGAGCCCAUGUGAGAAUACAGCAGGAAAAUCUCAUGUUGAUGACUGUAGACAAAAAUGUUGCUGCUCUACCAAGAUGCCGCAGAAUGUUCCGGGAAUGUUCCUGUUGAAUGUGUUCGUCGUAUGUGAAAGGCAAACCCUGGAAAAUGUCUGGACCCACUUUUCCAGACAUUUUACAGAGUUCAUGGCUGAAAGUGACAUUGUCUUGCUGACAGUCAUAUGAAACAGUCUUUGAAAAAAAAUUGUGGGGGUUGGUAAUCUAAAUCAAAUCUGCUUCCUAGGCUGGAGAUCAGGCAGAAUUUUGCUGACUUUAGGUCUGGAACCUGAUUACAAGAACCACCUGUUCAGCAGGGCAACAGUGAAUGUAUCAUCAUCAUCAUCAUCACGACCCACCGGAGCUGGAGCUGAUGGUGGAAGACGCCUUAUUAUUAGUGGUGAAUCCUUGUAAACCUGCUCAUUACUUAAAAGUAGCGCAUCUUUCACCGAAACCUUCCUUAUUAGACUAAUUUUGACUGAGUGUUGCUGAACUGACGGCAUCAGAUGCCAAGUGUCCAGCCUUGCCCGUAGAGAAUCUUUUACAUCUCAAGUGUCUCUACAGCACAAAUGUCAUUUUACUGGUCGUUAUGCUGAUGUGUCCAGUAACGGUUUACAGUGCGAUUGUUGUGACAGUAGUAUAUUCUCAGAAAGAAGGAUGGUGAGCUCGAUCUGUAUGAGUGUGGACCUUGUUUAUAUGAAAAACUACAAGGAAAUAAACCAAAAAACUUCUGAAAAUUA